AUGGCUGCCUUCAACCCCCCUUUGCGCGCAUCGUCCCGUACAGGUGGUGCCGAUGAUGCUGCUCGUCUCUGUGAGAAGGGGUGCCAGCGUCCAGCCUUUGCGGCCUACUCGACGUGCUGCACACAUUGCGAGGGCCCAGAAGGGCCUCAUGCCGGUGACUGUGCCAAGAAGGUGGAGCUCACUGGACGGCGGGUGAACACUCCUACGGUCAAGAACCUGGGCUCCAUGGUGAUCGUGCGCUGCAUCUCUGCAAAGCUUUUUCGUAGCUUCGACAAGUUUGGGCGGAUGGAUCCCUUCGCCGUUGUGGACUGGUUCUAUUCAGACGGCAACGUCGUAACCGUGGGGAGAACGAGGUCUGCAUGGGGGCAGCACAUGUCACCCAAGUGGGAGCACUGUUGCAAAGCAGUGCACUACAGUGGCUCGGGUGGAGGUGACAAGGUGCGCUUUCAAGUUCUCGAGGAAAACUUCGGGGGGCUGGGAAAACCCACAUUCUGCGGUGAGCAGACAGUUGACGUUGACAUGCUCGUGGCGGGAGCACGCAUGGUCGGCCCGGGCUUGAUGCGAAGUCAGCCCCAGCCUGUGGAGCUGUACAAGCGGGGGGAGAAGACAGAAUCCAUCCUGGUUCAGUUGGUCGUCCACCUGGAGAGCGCUGGCUCGCCGAUGCAGUCUGAGUUUACCUCGGCCGAAGAAAGCAAGUUCGAGUCGCCGGUCAAGCGGAUUGGAGUGUCCGGUGGGACAGCCCCCUUCUUUAGCUUGCUUCUCAAGGAACCGCAAGGCCAGCGCUUCGGUGACUACUGGAUUGGCAAAGACCUUUCCCGCGCUAUGGACGAGGUCCAGUUCUACGAGAAGUGCCUGAAACUGGGACGGAGUACGACCGGUGAGAUGCAGUCGCUCCUCCACUUCAUGUUCGAGUAUGCUGGUGUUCUAGACACCACUGCAGAGGGCGAAGAGGGUUCCGAGCUGCAGCUUCUGGUCUUAGAGAACCUGCGCCAUCGCCGCGCCGGUUUGCGGUUGUUGGACAUCAAGGUCGGCGAGAAGACUGCUGCUGCCAAUUGGAAGGGCAAGUCGCGGCUGGCGGCCCUUCGGCAAGGCCUCAUCGACGAGCAUACGAACUCCCAGGCGGAGGGAUUCCGACUCGAAGGUUUCGAUGGCCAGAACCCGGUGUUGAUCUCCAUGGACCCGCUCCUGGACUUCGGAGGUGAGGAGGGCCAUGGGAAAUCGACUCAGAAGAAGGCCCGGCGGAUCAUGCUGCAAAGACUGCCCGCCGCCGAGAUCUUCAUGCACUUUCUGGACAUGCACCACUAUGCAGAGCCUGGAGCUUCUGUGGUGCGCUGUGGAACCGAGCUGCUGGAGGUCGUCCUGUCGGAGAUUUGCAAACAGCUGGUGCAGCUGGCCAUGGCCUGCCGGAAGUGCGAGGCCCCUCAGCCGCUCGGCUCCGAGCACCGCCUUCUGAGGAAGUGGAUUGGCAGCUCUGUUGCGCUGGGCUUUGACGAUGCCUUCGUCGAAGAUCAAGCCCAUGUGGAUGGCCGUGGAUUUGGCACAGCUGAAGCGGCGCUGCGCAAGUCAGUACUGGUCAAGAUCUUCGACUGGGGCAGGUCCGAGCUGAACACGCUCCGCGAUCACCCGGAGCUUACGCCGGAAGAGCAGAAUGACAGGCUGUACUUUUGGCGACUCUACGUCGGAGGUAUCGACCGGCUGGCAUGGGAAGCCGUGCGGGCAUACCGACACCGCUUCGGCAACCCUCACGGAUGGCAGCGAGUGCAGCUGGCUGUCUACGACUUUGACUCCCUGACGGAAAGCGAUUUUAUGGGCCAGGUCACAGUCGAUUUGGUAGACAUGGCCGAGACGACCAUGCCGCUGCUUUCCGCUAAGCGGGAACCUGUGAUGGGCAAGGAUGGCAACGCGACCAUCACGUUUUCCAUCAGGUGGCAAAGGCACGAGCCAAGCUCCAGGCUCCAGGGGGCAUGGCAAGUUCGAGUCGUCUCAGCCAGCAACUUGCCCGUGUGCGAUGGCUUCUGGGCUUCCAUCUCCCCAGCUUCCUCUCGAGCGCUCGGAGGAUUUUCUGACCCAUUUGUACAUAUCACUGCGAUGAGUGAUGACCACGCUUAUCGCUUCAAGCAGAGUACCAGCAUCAAGGUCAAAAACCUGCACCCGGAAUGGAAUGAGACCUUCGAGCUUCCAGUCGCGCGUGCCGAGCAUGCCGCACCGGAGGUUAUCAUUGGCUCUCCCAAGGUCGUCGACUUCCCACCCGACCUUACCCUCCCUGCCGUGUGCUACACCGUGGAGGACAGCAAGGUCGAAACAGAAGCCAUGACUCUCUGGAGGAAGAUGCUGAACACUAUCUGUGGCCGGCAAUUCCACAGUUUCCUGGGCUCCGGAAUCUGGCUCUUCGACGACAGCACUGACCCUGCAAGCCGCGGGCAGGAGCUCACCGAGGAUAUGCUCCAGUCCCGCAAGGGGUACGCCUUGGUACAGGUUGCCAACCUCGGCCUCCUGUUGUCUCCUGAUGGCAGCCUGGAGCCCAUGACUGUGACAUCGCAGUACGUGCGAGAGCAGUUCGACAAGUGA